UGCAAAAGCUCGAAGAUUGCACCUUUGCAAUUGGUGAAUUCAAACCUUGGUGGCAAAUUGAAGUUGUUUAAUGGAAUUAGAGUUAAGAAUGAAAAAUACGAAUUACCUGGUGAUGUUGGUGAAGAAUGUUGUGGAAACUGUGGUACAAGAAGUAAUGAAAAGCUUAAAGACUUUUCAAGGUAA